AUGAUCCUGCGGCCAUCUUUUCCGCUUGCGUUUGUUGUUGUUGUUUUCUCUCCGAUGCAAUCUGAGGAAGCUGAAGAGCUUGACCGAAGUAGUAUGGAUGGAUUAUCUGAUUUCAUCUCAGUUCUGCCCGACGAGUGUUUGGCUUGCAUUUUCCAGUUUCUUAGCCCCGAUGACCGGAAACACUGCUCUCUUGUUUACCGGCGGUGGUUGAAGACUGAAGGACAGAGCCGUCAUCGACUUUCCCUCAACGCCCAGUCAGAUCUGCAACAUUUGAUUCCUUCCAUCUUCUCUCGCUUUGAUGCUGUCACGAAACUGGCCCUGAAAUAUAUCCGUAAUUCUGUUAGCAUCGGGGAUGAAGCGCUUGUUCUAAUCUCGGAGCGCUGCCAGAACUUGACUCUCCUUAAGCUCCGAACUUGUCGUGACUUGACCGAUACCGAAAUGUCGGCUUUCUAUCUUGCACUUUCGGAGCUAAAGGCAUGA